AUGCCGAUGCCCGACUUCCGAGUGCGCUCGACGAGUCGGUUCGGAACGAUCGACCUCGGUGGCGCGAGCAGCAUGAACAGCGCGAUCCGAAGCGUUGCAGCGGGCUCAAGGCCCAGCAGCAGGUACUUGAGUCGCCAAGCGAGCAAGGCCUCGUCCAGUAGCCAAGACAACAGCAGACGCGUGGUGCGGCAGGCCAUGGUCUGUGCUGGGAGUCUGCACGUCCGCACGUUCAAGUUGCUCUGGAAACCUGCCGUUCUGCAGCUCAUGGUCACCACCACCACGAGCUUGAGCGAGGACGAAUCGCACUUCGACGACUGUGACGAUGACUCGGACGAUUCGGACGACAGCGACGUUGAGAAGCUGACGACCAUGGCUCGACCCAACAAGACGCACCACUACUCGCUGGUUUUCUGCUACCGGUCGCUCAUGGGCCACGCACGUCGAGAGCGGAUCGAGCUGGACGACCCCCGAGACCCCGUUGAGUUCGUUUGGGGCGAGGACGGACUGCUGAGCACCCGAUUCGAGUUCAGCAUCGUGUACGGCGGUGUUGGGCCGUCUGGACGGCGCCGGAAUCUCACGUGCCGCGCGAGGGAUGCCAAGGACUAUUUGCAAUGGACGGAGGCUCUGCGCACAGCGCUGGAGUGUCAAGGGAAGAACAAGGACAUCAAGAUGAACCGCUCCACCCACGCUCACACGGUAUCGUCGUCCAAGGCUCCAUCGAAUUCUCGCGGCUCGAUGGGGUCGUUCUUGGACUUGGACGUCGUGGAGGAGCAACAGCAACUCCUGGAGAGAGAAGCAGCGGCUGCACGUAACACCCCAACAUCGCCUACUGCCGCUACCGCCGCCGAAGCAAUUGCCCCUCCAGCUGCGGAAAUUGCCCAAGAGUCUGCACUCAAACCCGUUCCAGUCGAUAUCGCUGCGGAGUAUGAAGGUGCUCGAAGGCGGCCAGUGAGCAUCGUGGUGCCAGCCCCGCGACCUGUGGGCACGCGCCUCCAGCGACGCAAGCCAUCAGUGCCUCCUAUGGGCACAGGGAAACCGCUGAGCAUCGCCCCGUUGCGUCGAGGCAGCGUCACCUCCAAGGCAGCGAAACCUACUGCAUCGCUGCCACCUUUCGGCAGACCGCACGGCAGUGGCCACGCCAAGACUGAGAUGUCGAUGUCUAUGCCUCCUCCAGGAGGACAGCGACGUCGCAGAACCAGCAGUGCAGCAAGACGACUCAGCUCUUCGUCAUUGAAGUCACGCGCCCGGAAGACCACCAUUUCGGACAAAGCGCACGGAGCGUGGAGACCCCACACUCCCGACACCACAAGCGGAUCCAAGAGGAGUCGACUUCGAGUAUCCCCCACGUCGCAGCCAGAGGAGAAACGUCCACGCGUGCCCAGCUCCCCAUUGGCAUCAGCUCCGAUGCUGGGGGCGCUGCCGAUGCUGCAGUCUCCCUCGUCACUCACCGACUCGCCGCUGGACUUCAUCGACGAGCGCCCGUCCAUCGACAACCCGCGCACGACCGAGUUCGUGAACUCGCUGGUCAAGAUCGCGGGCGUCGCCUCCGCCAAGCAGCGACAGCAGCUGCUGCAGCGUCAAGAAUCGUGCCCUGUAUCAACCAGCUACGGCCUGCCACUGAUCCCUCGCCAGUCCGAAGAGAAGGAAGACCCGUGGUUCAUGUCGCGCCGAAGCUCCCGCCUCAACCUGGACGUGUGCGACGUUGAGGUCGAAAAGUCCGCGCGCUCCAACAGGCAACGGCAACGGCAACGAGAGCGUGGAGACACGUGGGCGGCCUACCUCAAAGCCAUGGAGUGCGAGCUGUAG